AUGUAUUCUUCCGAGGCGACUGCUAGAGCAAGAGCAGCAGCAUCUGCUACUACUGACGCACCGUCCAGUUUGUCUUUGAAAUCGCCUUGUCUUGUCAACGGAAAGAACAACUUGAAAGGAAAACUCCCAUCAAAGGUUUACGUCGGUCACUUGCCUUACAAUGUGGCUAAAAGAGAGCUAGACGACCUGUUUGUUACCUAUGGGAAAAUCCUUUCUAUCGAAAUCAAGCAUGGUGGAUAUGCUUUUGUUCAGUAUGGAUUGCUGUCUGUUAUGUGUUUGGCAUCUUUAUUUAGCGUUCCAUUUCACAUGAAGACCCAAAAGGAUGCCGACGAAGCAGUUUUGGCAUUGAACAACCACUCUUUUGACGGUCGACGCUUGCUUGUCGAGUUUAGUAACAAAAGGGAUUCCGUUGGUAACAGCUGUCUUCUCUGCGGAAAUGAAGGCCAUUGGGCAAGGGACUGUCCAGAUAACAAGGAACGCGGAGCUGAUGUGAAGUCUGGAAAAUGCUUCAAGUGUGGAUCAUUUGGCCAUUUGGCUAGAUUCUGUCGUGGACCGGAUACAGGAUCUAUGGUUGGAGUUCCGGUGACUGUGCGUGAUCAAGGCUACCCAUCCAAGUCUUCGUAUCGACAUCUUGGUUUUCGGUCAAGAUCCAGAUCCAGAUCAAAGUCUAGAUCACGAUCCCGUUCAAGGUCCCCGAUUUACAAGCACUCUCGCUCUAGGUCUUUUUCUCGCUCGCCAUCUCCUCGUAGACGUGCUAGAUCUCCACCUCCACUGUCUCAUCCAGUUUCUAGACACCACCGGGACGAUCCUCGAUAUGACGGCCCGCGCAAUCACUACUCUCCACUUUCUCGCUGCGCACCCCAUCCCAAUUCAACCACACCUUCCAGCAUUGUAAAUGUUAAACGCGUAUCUGGAAAUGCUGGGCAUGGUAUAGGCGGUAUGAUUGGAUCUGUCAAUGAGCACAUGUAUGACGAACAAGAUGAUUACCGUUAUAUGGAACGUCCUUCCGAUUGGCCAUACUUUCGGGGUGGAUACAAUCGGUAUGACGAUGGCUAUUAUCCCUACCAAUCAGACCAUCGAGAUUAUUCUCCAGAAUAUCAUCGUGACAAUCGAUAUUUGGAUGAACGAGACACAAAAGGACGUCAUCAUCAUGCCGAUUAUAUUGAAUAUUAUGAUGCGAGAGAUCGCAGAACUAGCCCAAGUCCCCGAAGCUAUGAUCGAUAUAUGGCCGAGGUUAAUGACAAGCAUGCUGGAUAUGGUGCUCCUUCUGGUGAUAAUGGAGCAGCUAUUGCAGAGUCACCUUUGGUUAAUCCAAGAUUAGCAGACUCUCGACAUAUCCCUAAUUCGAGAGUACAGGAGGGCAUCAAGCAUGAUGACCCGAGACUAGUGCUUCAUGACCCAAGACUGAAAGAUGCUAUUUCACCACAUGAUAUUCGUCCUCAUGAUCCAAGGCACUACGAUCCUCGUCUUCAUGAUGCACGAACACACGAUCCUCGCUUAUAUGGCGCUCGAGAUCUAGAUCGCAGUGCUACUCACACAGCUGAUAUACGCACCGCGGACCCACGAUUGUAUCACGAGCAUAAAAAUGUGAGCGAAAGCACUCUAGAGGUUAGAUCUCGCAUUCGUUAAAUUUUACUGGUCUACCAUUCAUGGCCAACCUAUUUUCAUACAUUGCUUUCGGAAUUUUAUCAGGAUACCUCUAGACUAGCUUCCCUGUUCAAUUUUUCCAUCUCAUUCAUAUAUGUUACUAGUCUAUAUUUUCAAUCAUCGAAUGAACUACUUUUUGAAACUUAUUC